UCCUGCCCACACUCUGGAGUCGUGAGUGAGGUUGUGGCCGUCCCAGCUCCGCUCCCUCCCACGGGCUGCACAGCUGAAGACGCGGCUCUGGACAGGCUGGUUUGCUGCCAUGAUCCCUAGGCUACUCCCACUGCUCUGUCUCAGGCUGUGCGCUGGCCAAGGAAGCAGGGGGACUGACGAGCCCCUUCCCAAGCCCACCCUCAGGGCCUGGCCCAGCUGGCUGGUGCCUCCCAGAAGCAGUGUAAGGCUGCAAUGCCAGACCUCGACCAAGGAUGUCGACUUUGUUCUCAAAAAGGGUAAUGUUGUUUUGGACUUUUCACGAUCACCGGCUUCCAAGGAGGGCCUGGCUGAAUUUCACCUCACUGACCUAAGAACCAGCCAUGCUGGAGACUACACCUGUGAGUGCUACAGACCAGGGGCCCCGGACAUAAGAUCACCGCCCAGUGAGGUCAUCCUGCUGCUGGUGACAGGAGGUCUCCCUAAACCUUCCCUGCAAGCCCACCAAAGGGGUGUGGUGACCGCAGGAGACGACGUGACCCUGCAGUGCCAGAGGCCAGACAAUAUUUUCGGGCCCAUGAGGUUCGCCCUGCUGAAGGCGGGAGUGGCAGAGCCCAUCCGGCUCCGGACCCCAGCUGGCAAGGAGGCGGACUUCUCCCUGCAGACUGUGACAGUCGGUGAUGCCGGGAACUACAGCUGUGUCUACUUCCAGACCGGGACUCCUUUCUGGGCCUCACAGCCUAGCGAUCGUCUUGAGAUCCGGGUGAGAGUCCCCCCAGGUGCCAUAUCGAGGGACUACACCACGGGCAACCUCAUCCGCCUGGGUCUGGCUGCCCUAGUUGUGGUUAUUAUGGGUGCUCUCUUGCUGGAAGCCUGGUGCAGCCAGAAGGAGUCUCCACGUGGAUCCACGUAGAACAGCUGAGCACUUGUCUUGUUCAUGGGCUGGUCUGUAGUACCCUAAUGCCCCAGGGCUUCCCAGGGAAUGACGAGUGCAGAUGGAGAGACCUGCCGAUGAUCCUUAACAGUCCUGUGGAAUCUACAUUCUUAGCUCUAUGAAGAACUACUCAAGGAUGAGGCUUACCUCUUGCCAUAGCUUUGCCUGGGGCAGAGCACAGAAUGGAUCUUAAAGACACACUCAAAAAAUUUGGAUGAUUUGAAAAAAAUACUUAAAACUUCAGAGUCUGGCUGGGUAGCACGUGCAGUUACUUCCAUAGGAACCGUGAUGCCAUUGAUAUUUAGGGAAAACACUGCUUCCUGCAUAUUAUCGACCCCCCACCAUUCUCUAUUUUGUACUUCGGGACCAGCAAUUAGAAGUGUGAAACUUUCUUCAUCCUAUGUGUCUUUUCAAUUUUAUUUCAUAGAGUCUCCACAUUUUGCCUAAUUUUGGGAGGCUCCCCCUCAACUUCAUAGCAUCAAGUUGCUUCUGAGUUAGUUGUACCCAGGAUUUCUUCAUCGUCUGGUGCAGGUGUAAAAAGGUUAUCCACAAUAUUUUCACCUUCACGAUCUGUUGCUGUUUGUUCAUAAUCCUGUUCUCUGUCACAAAUACUCAUUCUUAUUUUAGAACUAUUGUCUCCUCUCUUAAAACUCGGGAGAUACGCUUAUAAAAAUCCAGUUCUGGGGUCGCCUGGGUGGCUCCGGCAGGCGUCUUGACUGUUGACUGCGGUUCAGGUCAUGAUAUCACGAUCAUGAGAUCAAGUCCCACACUGGGCUCUGCACUGAGCGUGUAGCCUGCUUAAGUUUCUCUCUUUGUCCCCCUCUGCCCAUCUCCCCCACGUGCUUUCUCUCUUUUUCUCUCAAAAAGAAAAAAGAAAGCCAGUUGCACUGGCUUUCAUCACAUCAUGGACGAGUCUUGCUUCGGGGUGCUGGGGGCAGACAGGAGCUUCUCCCAGGCUGCAAAUCUUUUGUCAGACUUUCUCAAUGUGGACACUCUGGUAGCCUCAGGCACCAGGAGAAUUUUUCUGUUCCUUCUACCCAAUGAGUAAAACUCAUGGUUCCUAUUGAGAACAGACCCCCUUGGCUGGUAUUUGGCCAAGAGUGGUCAAAUGGACAGAACUUUGGAUUUAUGCCCAGUAGGAGUGUGGCACAUCACAGAGACACCAGUUGUUCACUGGACAACCACAUCUUGCUUCAGUCUCUGCCUUGUCCGUGCAUGCAACAGACUUUGUGAUGUUUCCACUCCUUAACGUGUGACUGCCCAUGUCUGUUUUAGACUGCCUUUCCUCUUCAAUCAUAUCUUACUUUUAUUUUGAAGUCAUUCAAUUCACAGGAAGUUGCAAACUCAGGACAGAUACUUGUACCCCGCACCCAAUUUCUCCAAUGGUUCCAUGAUAUGUCCAUUACAAGAUCCAAACCAAGAAGCUAACACUAGCACAAUGCGAGGGUAGGGUUUGAUGUUGUUUUGUCAUGUGUAGAUUCGUGGAGCCACCAGCAUAACCAACAUAGCGAUCCAUCUAUCACCUCAUGCUGUGCCUUACUGUCACACCCACCGCUCUCCCCAACAUCACGCUCCAACCUGGGCAACCACCGGUUUGUUCUUCAUCUUUACCACUGUGUCAUUUUCAGAACGUUUUAUGUGACAUCACCUGACUUUCUUUUCCUGACCUGUGGGUCACGUGAGAGGAAGGAAGGGAAAGGCUGGAGGAAAGAGGUCAUUGCCCACAUGGAGCUGUCCUCUGUCCAGGGGUUGCAAAGCUGAAGAGGGGUCCUUGGAUCAGGCUGCAUGGCCAGUAUGACUGUGGAAUUCCUUCCUUCCUUUGCUUUGGUACGUUCCUUACGAUGGUAUGCUGGGGGGUUCAAGAUAAGGGUGGAUGGACAGGUUGAGAGACGCGGAGAAUACAAAAGACACAACACUGGUUGUAUUUACAGAUCGCUUCACACACGUCAGGGCCCACGCUGCAAGCUUUACAUCCAUUCACCGCUCAAGUUUUUUCCAAUAUUCAAAUAUGUACAUGCCACAUUCAUGACUGUGUGCUAUGCCUGCACCACUGUUACUCGUUUAGUAAUUUACUAAUAGGAGUCAACGUUUGUUCUUUAAAUACACGUUUUUAUUUGAAAAUGGAAACAGUUAGCAAUAAUUUAAAAAUGCAGUGUCACCUACCUGGUAAAGGAGGGUAAAUAUAAAUAUAGAAUACAAUGGAAAGGCAAAAAAUGUUAGGACGUGCUAGCCUUACACUGUUGAUGGUCAGGCUUCUGAGCCCAUGGCCAACCACUCCCUAGUUACAAAGAGUGACGAGCCAGAGAUAAAGGUGUUCUAAAGUCGGCUUGAAAUGCAUCUUCUCUCCUUGAUGUGAUCAGAAGGGCAUAACGUGAUUGAAAGGGUAAUAACUUUCUAACGCCAUGAUCAAAGCUAUAGAAUACCACGUCACUGCAUUGCCCAAAAUCAUCUCCUAGAGCAUUCUGUGGGACAUGUCACUCUGACCCUUGCAAACACUCCUGUGUGGUGGGAAUUAGGCCCACUUGGAUAAAUGAGGACCCUGGGACCGAUGGCUGAGGGUUCCUGCUCAGGGCCACAGGGAGAAUGAGCAGAGAAGUCAAAGCCCAAGUCCGUCUGCUUCUAAAGGCAUUUCUGUUUCCACUGGGUUACAAUGGGAAAUUAAGACGAGUACAAGUAUGGGGUCUUCAAAACAGAAAUGUCCUUGGGGUACCUGACCAGAUGCUGAGGGGGGGACAUUCCAAAGACACAAAAGGGAGGAGCUCAUGAUGCCAAGUGAAAGUCUAGUCACAAAGACCAUAUAAUACACGAUUCCACUCAUAGGAAAGUCCAGAGUAGGGAAACCCACAGAGAAAGCAGGCUAGUGUUUAGGGCUGCAGGUGGUGGGGGUAGGGAAAUACAGCAAAAGCUUUAGAGUAAUGGGGGGUCAUUUUGAAGCCAUGAAAACGUUUUAAAUUUGUGUGGUAUUUGCACGCAUCUGUGAAUAAAGGAAAGCCGCUGAACUGCA